ACCAAACAUAAGCAUAACAAAACAAAUAAGACAUUUCAAAGUAAAAAAUGUAGCAAAAUAAGUGAAACAGGAAAAAUACACAAAUUCUCGAAAUAUUAGAAAUUCGCAACAUUUUCGCUCAAUUUCCAGGUCAGACUAAGAAAUGCCAACAAGGACUAGCUAAUCAAGCACACAACACUAAAGUUUGUAUAUAUGGUUGGAAAAAAAAUCAAGAACCAGAAACACAGAAACGAGGGUGGGAAACAUCUAGAUGGUAGUACUGGUACACAUCACAAUAUACCAAUCAAAGUGGGCCCAUAUAAGCCAAGCUGGAUCCAAUAGAGUCCUCUAUAACCUUAUCUUUCCUUCACAAUCUAAUCUUUACAUCCAUCCAUAUUCUCAUAUCAAACCAAUUUCUUCAUCACAUAACUCUUCCUUAUACUGUCAUACACAGAAGUGAUCAAGUUAUAGAGAAAAAUGGCCUCUACUGCAUGCUUCUUGCACCAAUAUGCAGCCAUUUCAAGCCCAUCGGCUGGCAGAAACGGGGCCCAGGCGCAGCGUUACCAGGCUGUGAGUAUCAAGUCUAACCAGCUUGUCUGCAAGGCCCAGAAGCAAGAACAUGAGCAGGGUGUUGUUCUUGACAGUAGUGUGUCGAGGCGGUUGGCGCUCACUGUUCUUAUUGGUGCUGCUGCUGUUGGGUCUAAAGUUUCGCCUGCCGAUGCUGCCUAUGGUGAAGCUGCUAAUGUGUUUGGAAAGCCAAAGAAGAAUACCGACUUCAUGCCCUACAACGGUGAUGGAUUCAAGUUGUUGGUUCCCUCGAAAUGGAACCCAAGCAAAGAAGUCGAGUACCCGGGACAAGUAUUGAGGUUCGAAGACAACUUCGAUGCCACCAGCAAUUUGGCUGUUAUGAUCACCCCCACGGACAAGAAAUCCAUUACCGACUAUGGUUCACCCGAAGAAUUCCUCUCCCAAGUGAACUACUUGUUGGGCAAACAAGCGUACUUUGGAAAGACUGAUGCUGAGGGUGGUUUCAACUCAGAUGCUGUCGCAACAGCCAACAUCCUUGAAACGAGCACUCCAGUAAUUGACGGAAAGCAAUACUACAGUGUGACCGUUUUGACAAGAACAGCUGAUGGUGACGAGGGUGGCAAACACCAAGUAAUUACAGCCACGGUCAAGGAUGGUAAACUAUACAUUUGCAAGGCGCAGGCCGGAGAUAAAAGAUGGUUCAAGGGUGCAAGAAAAUUUGUUGAGAGUGCAGCAAGCUCUUUUAGUGUUGCUUAGAAAAUGUACUAAAUUGAUGUGAGGUUUCUGUUUGUAAAUCAACUUCUCAACUUGUUUUGAUUCUAGUUUUAUCUCCUCUUGUUGCAUAGGAAGAAGGUUCCAUGUAUAAGUACCCCGAUUUUCUAAUCGAAAAUAGCAUAUAAUGCAUUGAGCUA